UUCUUCUACAGCUGUCGCCAUCUUGCUCCAGAACAUAAACAACACCACCGAGUUCCGUUAGCGUUUGGGUGUACCGCUAUUUUUCUUUUUUCUUUUUUUUUGUUUUUACUUUUUUGAUUUUAGAAGAAAACAACAAGUCUUCCGGCCUCAGCGCCGAUCCUUUCAAACGGAGAUGAUGUUUGAUGUGGUCACCUGAGCCGCCGUGUCAGUCGGUAUGACAGUCGUCAGCUGAUACAUGGGGAUACACUGCGGAUUUCCUUACCGGGAGGGAGCGGAGGUUUAAAGGGGGCGGGGAGAGCAGCAGAGGGGGCUUGCUGCUCGUCAUCCCCGAAGAAAUGGACCAAGAGUACGAGAGACGGCUGCUGAGGCAAAUCAACCACCAGAACCUGCCCGCAGAGGCCCGCCUGACCAAGUGUUUGAGUGCUACCUGCAGUCCUGUCAGUGUGAAGUCAGGGGACCGCUUCAUCCCUACUCGAGCUGGAAGCAACUGGAGCAUCAACUUCCACUAUGCCAAUGAGAACUGUCGCUCUCCCAGUCAGAACCAUAAAGCAAAGGACGCCACUUCAGACUCAAGCAAAGAUGCUGUGGCCUAUGCUGCCCUGUUGAGGAAUGAGUUGCUGGGGGCCGGGAUCGAGACGGUGCCAGACCCUCACACGGAAGACCGGCGGCACGCAGUCCUCUCGCAGGACUCUCACAGUCUUUUUAGGUACACUGUCCACACUAAGAGAGUGCCUUUUGAUAGUGACAAUGAAGUCUCACCAUACUCCCUUUCUCCACUUAGUAACAAAAGUCACAAGCUGCUCCGCUCUCCCCGCAAACCAGCCCGAAAGAUCUCCAAGAUCCCCUUCAAAGUGCUCGAUGCUCCGGAGCUGCAGGAUGACUUCUACCUCAACCUGGUGGACUGGUCAGCAGGCAACCUGCUGAGUGUCGGCCUGGGAGCCUGCGUCUACCUGUGGAGUGCCUGCACUAGCCAGGUGACGAGGCUGUGUGACCUUUCAGUGGACGGAGACUCUGUUACGUCAGUGUGCUGGAACGAGAGGGGGAGCCUGGUCGCCGUCGGGACGCACAAAGGUUACGUUCAGGUGUGGGAUGCAGCAGGAGGGAGGAAGCUGACCAGUUUGGAAGGCCACUCAGCCAGAGUAGGUGCCCUGGCGUGGAAUGGGGAGCAGCUGUCUUCAGGCAGUCGAGACCGAGUGAUCCUACAGCGGGACGUCAGAACGCCGCCUUCUGCUGAGAGAAGGCUGCAAGGUCACAGACAGGAAGUGUGCGGUCUCAAAUGGUCUCCCGAUCACCAGCACCUUGCAUCUGGAGGCAACGACAACAAGUUACUGGUGUGGAACAGCUCCAGCCUUCUCCCUGUGCAGCAGUACAGUGACCACCUGGCAGCAGUGAAGGCCAUCGCCUGGUCUCCGCACCAACACGGGCUGCUGGCGUCAGGCGGAGGCACGGCCGACCGCUGCCUGCGUUUCUGGAACACGCUGACGGGUCAGGCUCUGCAGAGCACAGACACCGGCUCCCAGGUCUGCAACCUGGCCUGGUCCAAACACGCUAACGAACUGGUGAGCACACACGGCUACUCUCAGAACCAGAUUCUGGUGUGGAAGUAUCCAUCGCUGACACAGGUGGCCAAGUUGACGGGACACUCCUACAGAGUCCUGUAUCUGGCUGUGUCACCAGACGGUGAGGCCAUCGUUACAGGAGCGGGUGACGAGACACUACGAUUCUGGAACGUCUUCAGUAAGACGCGCUGUACCAAGGAAUCAAAGUCAGUACUUAACCUCUUCACGAGAAUACGAUAGUAAACGGCCCGGGGGUCGGGACGGUCCUCUGGAGGAGCCUGCCGGGCUGUGGCUGUAAUACACAGAGUCAAACAGCGACACUCAGACUAGCCUCGCUGCACAAACUCUCAUCCUUUUCUACAAAAGGAUGGAGGCAAAACUUCGACGGACAACUGCCAUCCCUCACAGUGAUGUCACCGAUUCCAGAAAAAAAAUAACACACACACAGAAACAGCAGUCUUUUGUCACAAUUUGUUGUCUGCUUAUCAAGUUGAUCUCGUUCUUUUUUUUUUUGUUGUUUGUUUUUUCCCGUUGUGAAAAGUGAUCAAGUCGUUUUCUUAUCUAUCAGCAGAAGUACACCUGUGCAAGAGUUCUAAGCUAAGUAAUGUAAUGUAAGAUGUUUUUUAAGAGGCACUCCUUUGUAACAGAGAGAAGAUGAAGCCUGACCUGGGUGGCUUUCUUUCAUUAGAUAAUGUGUGAAUAUGAUCUACAGCAGUGUGCAACAGAAGAGGGAACCACAAAUAAGUGAACAAACACGACCGGUCGCUCAGGUGGCUGCAGCAGAGUUUCAUGUGUUUAUUGUUGUUUUGUCAGUGUUCAUAGACAUGAAGCACAGGUUUGGAACCUUGCGCAUUCCUGCCUAUAGAUACGAAAAUGCCACCCUGACUCUUAUUUCAUUUUAUCCUGCUUUGGAUAUUUUAUUAAAAAAUAUGUCGCACAGAGA